UUUCGCAAAUUAUUCAAGUGCCUCCUGACCGUUACUACAUCUGCCAGCCACGUGUUGUCGGUCACCAAGUUUCAAACAUCAUCUUGCUCCGACCGUCAGGCACCAGGACUCAUCUGUCCCAACUGCAACACGGCAGCCGUAUGCGUAAAAGUAGGCAGUAACUGGGAGACCGUCCUAGUCGAGGCAUGUAAUUCCGAUGAAGGGUUGUUUUGUAAUGAGUUCGAAGGAGGAUGCUCAACCAGCGUGGGUUCGUGUAAUCCCCUCGGGCAGGACGGUACCUUCGAAUGUAACACUCCCGGCGUGUUUCCUGAUCCUUUUAACUGUCGUUUGUAUCACAUGUGCUUCCAAAAUGGAAACAAUCCCGUCACUAUCAGCAUGGAUUGCGGUGGUGCCGUCUUUUCGCCGGCUACUGGCGACUGUUCGCUACCGCUUAAUGAUACAAUCUGCAGGACACCUCAGUUCAACUGUACCUUCACAGGGCAGAUGAACUCAUGGCCUGGAAACAACAACAUUUACUACAUCUGUGCAACGGAGACCAACAACGGUAAUCGAGUGCUUCGUCCACGGUUGUAUCGGUGUCCGGCAAACGAAAUGUUCCAGGACGGUCGCUGCAUUCAACGUGACUGGUCAAACCUUCCACCUGGUGCCAUCAUACCCUAUGAAUGCGAACGUGUAGGACUGUUUCCGGAUCACACACAUUGUCGUUAUUACUAUGCCUGCAACGCUGACCUAGUAGCGGAACGACUUCAGUGUCCCGAUGGAGCAUUCUUCAAUCCUAGCAUACUGGCGUGUGUUUUGGGGUCAUGCUAAUAUUGUCUGAAAUAAAAAUCAUAAAAACCUCUUUAUAUGUGGAAUGCAAUUCAAAAUUUUCUAGUAAUUUAGUGUGGACACUUUACGAUCUUCCUAAACCCAUAAAUAUAUAAUUUCCAAACCAACAGCAGUGUCUUUG